AUGUCGCGUCCGCACCAAGACUGGGAACCAGUCAGCUGGAACAAGAGCGGCCAGAGGCAGAAGGGCGUCACGAAGGACCAGGAAAUCAACCAGGCCCUUCGAAGAGGUGAUGGAGUAGAGACAGAGAAGAAGUUCCUCGGCGGUCAGAACAAGGCGACGAAGGGGGGUCUCUGCACCAAUGCGCGCAAGGUCGAGGAGGACACGGGGGACUACCACGUCGAGCGUGUUUCCGCCGAUUUCUCUCGUGCGCUGCAGCAAGCGCGGCAGGCGAAGAAAAUGACUCAAGCGCAGCUAGCACAGGCCAUCAACGAGAAGCCUUCCGUCGUCAACGAUUACGAGAGCGGCAGAGCCAUUCCCAACGGUGCUGUCGUACAGAAGCUGAAUAGAGCACUGGGUGUCAGCCUGCCCAAGGCAAAGGAGAAGAGAAAGCCCGUGGCGUAG